UUGGCGGAUGUCUGUAUUGUUCUUAGAAACAGCAGUCGGGCUGUAGUCUCGGCCGUCGACAUAGUCCCUAGAAAUAUCAUUUACCUUAAACAGGGAAAUGAAAUGCUAGCGGAUGUCGAGCUUAUUGAGGUUUGGGGGAUUUAGGGUUUCAUCGAGCGAUUCUUAUGGGUCUGUUUGCCCCUUCAACUAAUUUUCACGGUUUCUUCUGUGACUGAUUGGGUGAAUCAGGCGAGUUAAAACUACCAGGAGGUAGUAUAGACCCCAACGAUGGCGAUUACCUCGAAACAAAGUAUGUUGGACUCCAGGGGACUCGUUACAUCUGAGAGACUGCUGUUGGCGUACGCGUCGAUACCGAUGACAGUACAGUAUUUGGCAGGACCGCAAAGCUCACAAGUAGGCCUGGGGAGGAUCUCACUAAUCUCCAACGUGAGAUUUUGUGCCUUGUGACUGUCGUG